AGUUAACAACUAAAAUAUUUUUAAAAAAAUACAAAAAAAUAAGGAUAAAAAGAAAAGUUUUUGUCUUGUGCAAUUUUUCGUGGUUCGUUAAGAUUCAAGAUUUGGUUGAACAACCAGCAGCAGCGGCAGCAACAACAGACAGGAUCUCCGCGAAAGAGGAAGAGCGGUGGGGGCUGCGACAAGAGUUGCGGAGGGUCUUAGAGGCUUUGUCUUGCGCGAAAGACCCCCACUACUUGUCAAUUCCAAGCACGUCCUUUAGCAGCAGCUUACGCGUCUGCCAGUAAGGCAACUCGAUCACCCAUAAUGUAUCCUUUGCCCAGGCACUAGAGAUUGCCCGGAUCUCAGCCCAGUUUCCAGCAUGACGGAACCGGCAGUGCCCGGCGAGGAGCUAUGCUCCACAGACUUGGUCAGCCCCAUACCGAAUGCGGAAAUGUCCAACACAUCCAGCAUGUCCUUGGCCUCCACUGCCCUGGCCCUUAUCCACAAUGGUUUUCCGCUCAUCGAACGGAGGAGUGAGGAGGGUGACCAUGGAUUGGAGGUGGAACCGGUGCUAGAAGCAGACCCACUACGACAAUCCCGACCAGAACCUUUAGUUGAGCAUCCAGCUCAACUCCCAGCAGAUCCCCCAACAGAACAACCUGCUGAUAUCCCAGCAGAUCUCCCAACAUAUCCCCAAGCAGAUCCAACAGCGGCUUCACCAGCAGAUCCUCCAGCCGAUCCUUCAGCGGAUCCUCCAGCAGAUUCAUCAGCGGAUCCUUCAGCGGACUCUUCAGCGGAUUCGCCAGCAGAUUCGCCAGCGGAUUCGCCAGCGGAUUCGCCAGCAGAUUCGCCAGCGGAUUCGCCAGCAGAUUCGCCAGCGGAUUCCUCAGCAGAUUCCCUAGCAAAUAAUCAAGCAGAUAUCCCACCAGAUCCACCAGCAGAUGAACCACUAGAAUUACAACGAGAUCUCCAACCAGAUCUCCAACUAAAUCUCCAACCAAAUCUCCAACCAGAUCUCCAAGCAGAACUCCAACUAGAUCUUCAACCAGAUUCACCACCAGAUUCACAUAUAAGUCCCCCAAAAGAUCAGCCAACAGAGUUACCAACUAAUCACCCAAAGGAACCCAUUGAUGAACAAGCUAACCAGGCACACUCCCUGCUCCAGAAGCCAUCGAGUAAACAGGACAGGCCCAUCAAAGUUAAAAUGUCCGCUGACGCACCUGUGUUUUAUCCCAUGGGUACCAGACUAUCAACCAUACUGUCAAACGAAGAGGAGACCCCACCGAGUUCAGCACGCAAUUCGGCGCCGAGAAACUCCUUCGAGUUUGGCCUCGCAAACGGAACGGGGCCAUACAUCGGACCAGGGGGGGGCGAUAUUCCUCGGAGCUACUACUUCGUCGAUCCUACCACCGGCAAGCGCAUCAACAACAACAAUACGGGAACAAAGACCGAAGUACACCGGAUUGAACUAAUCCCCAACCGGCGAGAUAUUCCACAAUCGAAAGCAAGAGAAUCCUGGAUUGCCAACUUAAACAAAAAACCAACAACGCCACCAUCACCACCAGCACCACAACCAUCACCACCACAGCAAUCACCACCACAGCAAGCACCACCACAGCCACCAACAGAAGAAAAUGCCACGCAGAAGGCUACUGGACGAGCGUCGAUACCCAGGCCCAACAAUUCUCGCCAUUUCCUCCAAGAUCCAACGAAGUUAAAAAUAUCCCCCGAGUUUCCGUCCUUCGAGUCCUUUGCCGGGCAGCUGGACGACAUGGGUGUGAAACGGGAUGAGUUCAUGGCAACGCUGCGAAACCUUCUAAUACGAGCCAAUGACCUGAUGUUGCCCCUACUCCAGGGUCCCUUUAAAUACAUGACAACCUUACAGAUGGCCGAAUACACCAGCGCAAUUUUGGAGACACCUCCGCUACAUCCGAGUAUCUUCUUGCCAGCGAAUACACCGCGUCCCUGGACGAACCUCACUGGACUCAAUCGGCCCUUUGACAUCCAUCCGAACAGUCUCACGCCAGAGGAUCUGGCCAUCGUCCAGAAAUUGCCCAAGCAUGUGGAAGCCACCACUCAGACGGAAUACCUUUGCAUCUGCAUGUUCUUUAAUCAGGAAAGAUCGGCGUCGGCGGGUGUGCCAACGCCAUCACCUGUGCCACCACCAGCACCUGUACCAGCACCAGCACCUCCAGCACCGCCAGCACAUGGGCCGCCGCCAACACCUGGGCCGCCGCCACCCUCCUGCUCGGCGACUGCAUUCUAUACAGGCUCACCUAUUAACGCUCCGCGAAUGCACAGGGCACCAGGCGGAGGACCCGGUGGACCGAGAAUACCGCCGCCGUAUCCGACAGGAGCCUCACAGAGCGGACCACCAACACAACAGCCGUUUGGCUUCUUGAGUAGGCCUAUGCCAAUAAACAUGCAACAUCGCAUGCCCCGGCCACCGCAUCCAAAGGCCUUUCCGCAUCCGAAUUCACCAGCGCAUCACCAUUCACCAACACCACAUCCGCAUCCUCAUCUUCAUCCCCAUCCGCAUACCUAUGCCCAUUCCCAUCCGCAUCCACAUCCACAUCCGGGAAUGCAGGCGGGUAAUCCGAUGGCGUCAAAGAAUAGCCCACAGCCGCACAGGCUAGGUGGAGCAGUGCGCUUCCAAGAUGGGGGAUACCGCGGCUACCGCAUCCAAGGUCCCCACAGUCCGCGCAACCUGCCGAAUCAAUGUCGUUAUGGGCCCAUCGGUAGUGCUUAUACCGGCGACAAUAGUGACGGGAACUCUAACAACUUCAGCAAUACGAACUACAACAACAACAACGGAGGAAACCCUCUCUAUGCGAGCACACAAAGCGGCAGCGAUAAGAUGGCUUCUGAUCUAACCCAACCCCGCGUGAGAUUUGUCUACCCUAUGGAAUUUGAGCAGCUGAGGCUGAACGUGGAUCCACCGAGCUGUGAAUACAUGGGUAAAACCAAUAUGCAGGUGGAAUCCUCUACAUCGAGCUCCGAUUCGUCGAGCACCGAAACCUCCGGCUUACUCCAGUUCGCCCAGAUGGAGGACCGGGAACAUGUAAAGAAUAAUAAGCCAUGCAAAGACAACAUCGACGAAGUGGACGCUGACGACGAUGAUGAUGACGAAGAUGAUGAGCAUAAAAACAAGAAUGCGAAGGUGCCUGAUCCAAAGCACAGUGGCGGCAAGGUCCAGCAGCGGCCUUACCGCUUCGGAGAGUUCGUAAACUACAUCACGUCGGGGUCUACCACACCGUCCUGCUCCCAGGGGACACCCAAUGUGAUUCCAACUUAUAUCACAGGCCAUCGUCUUCCUAUCGAUCAGUCCGAUCAGGAAUUGUUGCCACCUUUGCCCCAGAUGCCGCCAAUGCCUCCAAUACCUCCAAUGCCCAAAAAAGUUGGCGUGGCUUGCAAUGGCAAUGGAGGCCCGGCUGGUUCUCAAUCCAAGAUGCCUUCGACUUCCCACGAACACUAUAGUGGUAACCAGUUCAAUCCGAAGUACAGCCAACAGCAAUGGCCAAAUCCUAAUGGAGGCCCGGCUGGAACUCAAUCCAAGAUGCCUUCGACUUCCCACGAAUACCAUGGUGGUAACCAGUUCAAUCUAAAGUACAGCCAACAGCAAUGGCCCAACCCCAAUGGAGGCCCGCCUGGGACUCAAUCCAAGAUGCCUUCGACUUCCCAGGAACACUAUAGUGGUAACCAGUUCAAUCCGAUGUACAACCAACAGCAGUGGCCCAAUCCCAAUGGAGGUCCGGCUGGUACUCAAACCAAGAAGCCUUCGACUUCCCAGGAACAGUAUAUGGGUAACCAGUUCAAUCCGAUGUACAGCCAACAGAAGUGGCCCUAUCACAAUGGAAGCCCGGCUGGUACUCAAUCCAAGAAGCCUUCGACUUCCCAGGAACACUAUAGUGGUAACCAGUUCAAUCCGAUGUACAGCCAACAGCAGUGGCCCUAUCCCGACUACAAUGCAGCUUUAUUCAGCAAGGAGCAGGCAGGUCCCAGUGGCAUUUAUAUGAGACCUCCUCCUCCGGCACAACCAACACCACCACCGCACCCGCUACACAUGUAUCCAAUACGGCAAGAGAAGCCCAUGGGACCGAUCCUGUUCGAGGUGGGUGGCAAUACCGGCCACAGCGCCGGCCCGCCCAUGAUGCAGAACGUCAACAGUGGCAGCGGGUACGGUCAUGGUCGUGGUCGUGGAUACGGUCCUAGUCCGAAUCAAGGCACCCAUAGCCAGAAUCCUUACGGACAUAUGACCCAUCCGGUACCUUCGCCACAUUCGCCACAUCCGCCACAUCCGACACACCAGACUCAUACAUCCCACUACGGAAUGUCCUUUAACGGCAAUAUGGCUCCGAAUAUGAACCACAUGAACCAGGUCAGUCACAUGGGCAGGGGCAUGGGAGUCGGAUUGCUUCCGUUGCCUUUGCAGAUGCUCAGUCCAAGUCGGAUGGAGCAGCCUGGCUCCAUGGGUAUGCCCAUGAACAUGUCACCACUUAACCUUGUGAGUCCUCGACGCAAUGUCAAUACCUAUCACCAGAGUGGAAGCAACCCGGACACGAACAAGAUUCCGCCAUAUGGCGGACCUGUAGGAGUGAACAUGAGCAGUGGGAGCGCCGAGAUGCAACAGCAAAUAAACAGACCUCCCGAUCCACGACAGACUUUCGAACACAAUGUUGGUAUGUCGCGUGACAACACGCAAAGUAUUCGCAUCUUGGGUAUUUCCUCGCCACGAUCCGUUCCCCAAAGUGGAGCACGUGUCCAAGAUGAUGGCGCACCCAACAACAACAACAACAACAUCCAAAGCAAGGAUCAGAGCAACAGCCAGGACAACAUUCAAAGCAAGGAUCAGAGCAACAACCAGAUCAACAUCCAAAGCAAGAAUGAGAACAACAACCAGGGCAACAUCGAAAGCAAUGAUCAGAACAACAACCAGAACAACAUCCAAAGCAAGAAUGAGAACAACCAGAACAACAUCCAAAGAAAGAAUGAGAACAACAACCAGAACAACAUCCAAAGCCAGAAUGAGAACAACAUCCAAAGCAUGAAUGAGAACAGCAACCACAAUAACAACGAGAACAACAUCCAAAGCAAGAAUGAGAACAACCAAAAUAACAUCCAAAGCCAGAAUGAGAACAACAACCAAAAUAACAUCCAAAGCAAGAAUCAGAACAACAACCAGAACAACAUCCAAAGUAUGAAUGAGAACAGCAACCACAACAACAACGAGAACAACAUCCAAAGCAAGAGUCAAAACAACAUCGAAAGCAAGAAUCAGAACAACCAGAACAACAUCCAAAGCAAGAAUGAAAGCAACAACCAGAACAACAUCCAAAGCAAGAAUCAGAACAACAACCAGAACAACAUCCAAAGCAAGAAAGAAAGCAACAACCAGAACAACAUCCAAAGCAAGAGUCAAAACAACAACCAGAACAUCCAAAGCAAGAAUGAGAACAACGAGAACAACUUCCAAAGCAAGAAUCAGAACAACAUCCAAAGCAAGAAUCAGGACAACCAGUACAACAUCCAAAGCAAGAAUCAGAACAACACCCAGAACAGCAUCCAAAGCAAAAAUCAGAACAACAACCAGAACACCAUCCAAAGCAGAAAUCAGAACAUGCAAAGCAGAAAUCAAAACAACAACCAGAUUAACAUCCAAAGCAAGAAUCAGAACAACAACCAGAAUAACAUCCAAAGCAAGAAUCAGAACAACAACCAGAAUAACAUCCAAAGCAAGAAUCAGAACAACAACCAGAAUAACAUCCAAAGCAAGAAUCAGAACAACAACCAGAACAACAUCCAAAGCAAGAGUCAGAACAACCAAAGCAAGAAUCAGAACAACAACCAGAACAACAUCCAAAGCAAGAAUCAGAACAACAUCCAAAGCAAGAAUCAGAACAACCAGAACAACAUCCAAAGCAAGAAUCAGAACAACCAGAACAACAUGCAAAGCAAGAAUCAGAACAAAAACCAGAACAUCCAAAGCAAGAAUCAGAACAACAACCAGAACAAAGACAAUGAGCAGAAGAAGAAAACCCAACCUUCCUACGCCUCCUUCCUGAAGUAAAAGUAUCCAGAAGGAAAGACUUUUUACUUUCAAAAUUAUCAUGUUUUUUUUAUUCGAUUAAAUAAAAAACACGCACACUGCGAUUGUCUUCC